GCAGUUUAGACAUCAAAUGUCGCUCCCAUCAGCUGGUUCUAUAGCCUUGUGCAACACCUAAAAUACAGAGGGGAACGAUGAAACUGCUACUGCUGCUCCUCGCCGUCAUCAAAAGCUGUGGAUCGAUCAAGAUCGCCUGUGAUUACGAUUAUACCUGCACGAUUGAGCAACUUACCACCAGCCAGCAGCUGCACAAUCUGUCGACCUAUUCGUUCGGAGACGCUGGCAUGAUUAAGCUGAUCGACUCACGGGUGCCGCCGGAAGCGAUAUCAUCGUUUCAGCCGAUCGUAAACUACCUUAUCCUGGAAAGAUGCCGUACGGACCAACUGAUUCUACCACCCAACUGUACGCUACAGUGCCUUUCGCUAAUCCAAACGACAAUCCAUAGACUGGAAGUGUUUCACAACGCACACCUAUACUAUCUGUCCAUCACUAACAGUGACAUUUCCUCGCUGCUUCCGUCGCUUUACAACUUAACAGCGCUGGAAACGGUUCGCCUAUGGCAGAUGCGCAUACCGGUGUUCAGCUUCGAUGUGUUGCGAAACAUGGAGAAGCUGAACGGAAUCGAACUAAGCUACAACCGUAUUGAACGGCUAGAGCUAUCACCGAACGCGACCUGCUGCCAGAAUCUUACCCUGCUCGAUCUUUCCUUCAAUCGCUUGUCCACGAUCGACUGUGCACUGUUGAGCAGCAUGCAAGCGUUGACCGUAUUGCAGCUUUCAUCCAACGUAAUUCAAGAACUGUACGGAUCGCUCCAUUUGCCCAGCCUGACCGAGCUUGAUCUGUCAAACAAUCGCAUCAAAUCGAUCGACUUAUGCCGGUGGCAAAUCGGGUCGCUGAAGGUACUAAAUGUGAUCAACAAUCGGAUCGAGCAUCUGUUGGACUGUUUGCGAGAGUUGCAAAAUCUGCAGACCUUCCAGAUUGCCGGCAAUGCCCUGACGCAGCUAGAUUUGGCUCCUUUCACACAUUUACGAUUGGUCUUACUGAAUUUUAGUCACAAUCGCAUAGAAAUUGUCCAUAACCGAAACGCUGUGUGGCCGAAGACAGUGUGCAUUAAGCUGAACGGCAAUCCAGUAGCCCGCAACACGACCGAUCUGUGCUGAACGUGAAAUAAAAGGAUGUUUCUAUCGGUACGACGAGCUCUGCAUU